AUGGACGCGAGCACCGCAUCCUCGAGCCCGCUCUCCUCCCCCCUCAGCUCGGCGACCUCGUCGCCCCUCGGGAGCCUCUCCGUUUCGCCCUCGCUGCCGAGCUCGCCCGUCAUGAUGGCGCGGCAGCAGGAGCCGCAGGAGCAGCGGCGGAAGCGGCAUCCCCUGCCGUCCGGUCGCUAUCUCUCGCCCGUGUCCUUGACCACCUCGGGAACGCAGUCCCCCAUCAAGCUGGGCGAGCCCAUGGACGACAGCCCGCCGCCGGCCAAGAAGCGACGCGUCUCCCCGCCCAAGGAUCGCAGCACCAAGUACCUGAACCUGAUGAAGCCCCAGCACGAGUGCACCAACGAGGACAACUUCCACCUUGAGAGGCUCCUGUCGGCCCUGCGCAAGAAGAAGAAGAUUGUCGUCAUCGCCGGCGCCGGCAUCUCCGUCUCGGCCGGCAUCCCCGACUUCCGCUCCGCCACCGGCCUCUUCGCCACGGCGAGGAGCCAGCACAAGCUCAAGGCCUCCGGCAAGCACCUCUUCGAUGCCUCCGUCUACAAGCACGACGCCUCGACCCACUCCUUCCACACCAUGGUCAGGGAAAUGUCCGACAUGACGAGGAACGUCUCCCCGACGCCCUUCCAUCACCUGCUCGCCUCGCUCUCCAAGGAGGGGCGUCUCCUCCGCCUCUACUCGCAAAACAUCGACUGCAUCGACACCUCGAUGGAGCCGCUCCGCACCAGCGUCCCGCUCGAGCCCAAGGGACCCUGGCCGCCCACCAUCCAGCUGCACGGCGGCUUGCAGAUGAUGGUCUGCACCAAGUGCGGCGACCUCAAGCCCUUCAACGGCGAUCUCUUCGACGGGCCCGAGGCCCCGCUGUGCGACAUGUGCAAGGAGCAGGACCAGGUGCGCACCGCCUACGCCGGCAAGCGCAGCCACGGCAUCGGCCGCCUGCGACCCAGGUUCGUCCUCUACAACGAGUUCAACCCGGACGAGGACGCCAUCGGCAACGUCGCUCGCGCCGAUCUCAAGGCGCGUCCCGACGCCGUCCUUGUCGUCGGCACCACCCUCAAGGUCCCCGGCACCCGACGGCUCGUCAAGGAGAUGUGCCAAGUCGCUCGCGGCCGGAAGGACGGCUUCACCGCUUGGAUCAACAUCGAUCCCGAGCCCAAGGGGGCCGACUUCAAGGACUGCUGGGACCUCGUCGUCCGCUCCAAAUGCGACAGCGUCGCCAGGCUAGCCGCCCUGCCGCCCUUUGACUGCCAAAUCGGCGACGACUACGCGCUGUCGGAUGAGCAGUUUGCGUCGUGUAGGAAGGAUAGCAUCGAGGUUGGCAUCCGCAGUCCUCCCGCAUCCGCCGCCGACGAUGGACUCGACGCCGAGCCACCGCAUCAAGUCGACGGCAUCGCCGUUUUCCCCACCCCUCAACCGACGCCACCCUUGGCGACCAAGAAGAAGUCGGCAAAUUCGAGGCAGACGCAGAUUUCCUUCGGCCAAAAGGUCGACGGCGAAAAGGCCGGACCGCCUCCCAAGACGACGAGGCCGCGCGGCCGCAAGCCCAAGCAGCCGGCUGCCGCCGCAAAAGCGACGCCCCCGGCCACCAUCAUGCAAAAGUUCAAGUCCGUCAAGAGUAUCUCAGCACAAGACGUGGCCAAGAAUGCGGCCAAGGAUGUGGGGCUCCAUGGGUCACCGCUUCAGCGAUCCGUCCUCAGCCUCGACUCGGAGCCUUGCCUCUCGCUUCCGAGCUUACGGCCGGAUCAUGGCGCCUCCGAGGAGGAUUUCCGGUGCAAGCGCGAUCCGAGCGACGAUGCGGCCGCUGCGGCCGACGCACCGAAUCGUGUACCCAACACCUUGAGGGACCCCAUAGAUUCGGCGUCAUGA